AUGAGCCAUGAGGAGCCACGGCAAGGAGCCCAGGAACACGUGGUGGCCGGAGGAGAAGACAGAAUACAACUAACCAUAGGACAGGCUCUUGAAGCGACAGCCCAUACAGUGGGUGACAAGCCGGUGGAGCAGAGCGAUGCGGCAGCUAUAGAAGCGGCGGAGAUGAGGGCGACCGGAAGGAAUGAGAUAAUACCAGGUGGGCUGGCGGCAGUGGCGCAGAAAGCGGCGGCUUACAACACGGGAUGUGUAAGGGAGGAGGACGAGAUCAAGAUGAGUGACAUUGUGUCAGGUGCAACGAUAAAAUUGCCGGCGGAUAAAGAAGCAACACGGCAAGAUGCCGUAGAAGUGGUGGCUGCUGAGGUGGGGAAUAGCCCUAAUGUGUCGACCACCCGGGGAGGCGUGGCGGCUUCUGUGGCUGCUGCCGUCAGACUCAACGAGAAGCCGGCAAUAAUCUAA